AUGGCCGUCCCAAGUAUACACCAAACCAUGCAUAGCCAAGUACACGAAGCGAGCGACGCUUCGCACGAGAUCCCGACAAUCGACAUCAGCGGGUUCCGCGCCUCUCCAGAGACCGCACAGGAGCGGAUAGACACGCAAAGUGUCGUCGACAGGGUCCGCAGCGCCUGCCUCACCACCGGCUUCUUCUGCCUGACGGGCCACGGCAUCCCGCGGGAGCUCCAGGAGAGGGUUCUGGACGGGGCCAAGAAGUUCUUUGACAUGUCGCUGGAGGAGAAGCUUAAGCUGGUACACCCGACGCAGAAGAACCGGGGCUACGAGGUGCUUGGUGGACAGACUCUGCAGAGGGGGACCAAGCCUGAUUUGAAAGAGGGAUUCUACAUAGGCAAGCACCUCGAUGGGGACGACCCGCGUGUGCGUCGACACCCGCGCCUCAUGGGGCCCAACAUCUUUCCGAGCGGUGAGCUGGACGACGACGAGUUCAAGAACCCGUUGGAGGCCUACUACGAGGCCAUUCUGGCCUUGUCACUGACCGUGUUCAAAAUCCUGGCCAAGGGUCUCCCGUACGGCGACGACGUGUUUGACCGCUUCGUGUCCGAUGAUCCCGUCUGCAUCCUGAGGUUGCUACACUAUCCCCCACAGACGUCCCAAGAUCCAAGGCAGCUGGGCGCAGGGGCUCACACAGACUUU